AGCCUGUAUCCCCAAAGGAAAAGAGCAGCGAGCUCCGUACAUGCAGCUAUUUGCACCAUCCCUCUGUCUCUAUCUCUUUAAGAGCCACCAGGAGGAGUGUGUGUGUCGGUGUGUGUGUUGGUGUGUGUGUGUUGGUGGGGGAGGGGUAUCGGCUGGGGUGGAACAGUCCUGUAAUGAGCAGAUUUUACAGAGCCAGCGACAGAAAGGCCUUCAAACCAGCGGGAGCUAGCUGGGAUUUUACAACAACAUUCAGGAUUUUUGGGAAACACGACGAAGAGGAGGAAGAGGAGGAGGAAGAGGAGGAGGAGAAAGAGCCGCCGCACCUGCAUCCUCAUCCUCACCAUCCGAGAGAUUAGGAUGAGUCUGUUUGUGAUGGAUGAGAGUCUCUGAGGCCACUGUGUUGCUGUGUGUGCGUGUCGGUGAGUUUAAUGGCGCUCCCGCAUCCCGCAUCCCGCAUCCCGGCCCCGCAUCCCGCUCGGUGCGGCAGGGAGGUGAAGAUGCUCUAAUAUCGGAGUGAGGUGGCUCGGUUUGAACGCCUAUAGGCCUCGCUUGUCUGGAGGAGCAGGAAGGUGGAGGAGGAAGAAGAGGAGGAGGAGGAAGAGGAGGAGGAAGAGGCAUGCAGGGAGCCUUCAUCUCUCCGCCGAGUCCUGGGUGUUUCCACACCUGAUAGUCCGGUAGGCUCGGCUCGGUUCGGGACCAAAACUGGAACAUUUCUAAUAUUUUUCAGCGGCUGCGGUUCGUUUUCAGGCUGAGCAACCUGUUCCCCUCCUCGCCGGUGGGGGCGCCGCACCAAGAAUCACUGAGGGAAACGACCCGAAGAAGAAGCUGAGCGCAACUUCCUUCUACAGGAAAUGUAAACAACAAUGGAGUUUCGUCAGAUUUUAGCGGUUAAAGGAUUUCUCUUUUGCCUUUAGCCUAUACCCAGGAGCCAUUUCUCUGGCUAGCGCUAGGCUAACGCGUUUGUUUUGGUUGUAUUUACCCAGAAUGCUCCGCGCUAUAGUUCAUUUCAGGUCUCCGGUCUGCUUGGCAUUCACAUAUGCAUUCGAUCAGCACCAGAGUUCACUUCAACCGAACUGAGAUCUAGGUUUUUAGGCGAUCUAGACCGAAGCAAGACCGAAGUUUUUACGGUGGACUAAAGUUCAUUUAAACAGAAGUUUUUAGGCGGACUAGAAUUCACAUAACUGAACCUAGACCAAAGUUUGUAGGCGGACUAGUUUUUUUUUCUCUCCCCUGUUUUGGUCCACUUAGGCAUUCACACCUCCACAAAGUGAACCUUCUACAGCUGGAUUAAAGUGGACUAAACACCCUGAAACUGCUUUUACAUCCUGAGCCUCAAGAAGGCCAGUUCUUGAGGCUCCUGCUGUCUGAUCCACACCUCUUUGCAAAUUCCCUCUGACUGAAGCAGUCGCUCCAGCUUUUCCUCACGUUCUACGUUUUUGCCUAAACCUGUUUCAUGCAUGUCCACUGGAGGCAGGUUUGACUUUGAUGAUGGGGGGUCGUACUGCGGGGGGUGGGAGCAGGGCAAGGCCCACGGCCGGGGGGUUUGCACGGGGCCCCAGGGUCAGGGCGAGUAUGCCGGCGCCUGGAGCCACGGCUUUGAAGUGCUGGGCGUCUACACCUGGCCCAGCGGGAACAACUACCAGGGCACCUGGGCACAGGGCAAGCGGCACGGCGUCGGCGUGGAGAGCAAGGGCCGCUGGGAGUACAGGGGGGAGUGGACCCAGGGCUUCAAGGGUCGCUACGGACAGCUGGAGAGCACGGCCAGCGGGGCCCGCUACGAGGGGACGUGGAGCAACGGGCUGCAGGACGGCUACGGCACGGAGACAUAUUCAGACGGAGGAACCUAUCAGGGUCAGUGGCUGGCCGGGAUGCGCCAUGGUUACGGCGUCCGGCAGAGCGUCCCGUACGGCAUGGCCGCCGUCAUCCUCUUCCCUCUGAGGACUUCCAUAAACUCCCUCCGCUCCGAGCACAGCCACGGGCCGCCGGCCGCCCUGGAGGACGGCGUCGCCACCACGCCCACGGACGGCGUGGUGGCCGGGCUGGCGGGGAGCCCGGUGGGCCGAGGCGGGUUCGCCCUGACGACGCCGAGCGAAGCGGACCGGCAGCGCAAGAGGAAGGGUCGGUUCCGGCAAUCCAUCCUGAGUGGGCUGAAGCUGCGGCGGUCCGAGUCCAAAAGCUCCCUGGCCAGCCAGCUGAGCAAGCAGAGCUCGUUCUGCAGCGAGGCCGGCAUGAGCACGGUCAGCUCGGCCGCCUCCGACAUCCACUCCAACGCCAGCGAGAGCGAGCAGGGCGCCCCGGUGGACGCCACAGUCACCGAGAUGUACGCCGGGGAGUGGCGCAGCGACCAGCGGGCCGGCUGGGGCGUGAGCCGGCGCUCCGACGGGCUGCACUACGCCGGGGAGUGGGGCGCCAACAAGCGGCACGGCUACGGCUGCACCACGUUCCCCGACGGCACCAAGGAGGAAGGGAAAUACAAGCAGAACAUCCUGGUGAGCGGGAAGCGGAAGAACCUGAUCCCACUGAGGGCCAGCAAGAUCCGGGAGAAGGUGGAUCGGGCGGUGGAGGCUGCCGAGAAGGCCGCUGAGAUCGCCAAGCAGAAGGCCGAGAUCGCCAUGUCACGGAUGAGCCACGCGCGCGGGAAGGCGGAGGCCGCUGAAAGGGUGGCGCAGAAGGCCAUGGAGGAGUGCCGACUGGCCCGGAUAACUGCCAAAGAGCUCUCGCCCUCCUUUCAUAUCUACGGCAACGGGCUCGAAUGUCAGACACUCAAACACCAGGACGCCAAGGACAAAGACCACGAGGUCAUCUCCACGGGAACAGACAGUCCAGAGCUGUGCACUCCGGACACCACGCCGCCUGUAACAACACCUGAUCUCAGCCCCGUGCUGAGCGUCCCCACCUCGCCCCCUCGCAGCCCGCAGAAGCACGUCCACCGGCCCAGAAACGCCUGCUUCAUGCGGCAGAGUGCAGUGGACGAUCAGGGCGGGGCUGAAAUUCAGGUGUUGGUAGAGGGGCGUGGGGUGGACCUGCCGAGGCCCGGCGCCAACAGUUGGACCGACGACGCGUACGCGGAGCGGGGAGGCAGCAGCCGCUCAACCACGCCGUCUCUCCUGGAGGAGCAGGAGACCCAGAUCAACGGCCACGAGCAAGCCCCUCUGCCCAAUCACAAACCCCGGGAGAAACCCUCAUCCAAUCACAAGUCGCGGGACUACCGGACGUGGGAGCACUCCCUGCCCAACCAGAAGCCGUCCAAGCAUGCCAGCUCCAAUCACAAGUCGAGGGAGUACUCGUCGUCCAAUCACAAGACAUGGGAUCAUUCCUCCACCAAUCACAAGGCCUGUGAGCACGCCUCUUCCAACUACAAGCCGCAGGUCCACAUCUUAUCCAAUCACAAGGCCUUCGAACACAACAUAUCCAAUCACAAGACUUCUGAGCAUGCUUCUUCCAAUCACAAGCCCCAGGACUAUAUGUCCUCCAAUCACCACGCAAAGGACCACGUUUCUUCCAGCGCCAACGCCCGAGAGCAUGUCUACUCCAACCACCAUCCGAAGCAGCACAACCCCUCCAACCACAAGCUGACGGAGCACGCCGUCAUCGACCAGCGGCUGGACGGCCUCGGCGGGGGGUGGGCGGCCGAAAGCACGCUGCGCUGGAGCCCCACCCACUCCCGCCUCACAGAGCAGGACGAGGAGCGGAUGAACGACUACACCGUCGACAUGAGGCUGCACUGUCCGGAGUCGCCGGCGCCCAAGAACAACCGGCUGCGGUCGCGGGGCCUUCGGCCGGUCCGGGAGGGUUCAACGGACUCUGUGCAGAUGCUGGACAACCUGAAUGUGGCGCCGGAGCUGGAGGAGUGGCCGCUGAACAGGGACCUCACCCUCUCCCCGCCCCUAAAGUCUCAGCCCAUCACUCUGGAGCAGGAAGGAGAGCAUCUGGCUCUCAAAUCAAACUCAGGCUCCAGCUCUAUUCUGGUGGUUUUGGUCAUUUUACUCAAUAUUGGAGUAGCCAUUCUUUUCAUCCACUUCUUUAUUUAAACAUUAUGCAGUUAUAAUCUAAGAUUUAUUGAUGACUACGGUAUAUUAUAUUACUAACUGAGACGGACCGGACGCAGCAGAGCCUUUCUAUCGUUGGUCUCUCCCCGUUUCGGUUUUCUCCUCCCUGUUUUUUCCAGACGCUUGUUUUGAGCUUGCAAACACGAGGAGGAAGACGCUUUUUGAGUCAACAGAGCAGCUUUAAUAACCGGGACCUGCAUGGGUGUCCAUCGCCGACGGACUCAAGGUGGCGCCGGUCUACACAGAAUAUAGCAACCCUUGUUUCCUGGUUACCAUGACGAUCGUGCUAGCCAAGAGCAUGGCUCACUCUCCAUCCUUUAACCCCUUCCUCCCCUCUCCAGUCUAUCGGCACUAUGCGCUACGUACAAAACUAUGCUGCAAGAGUAGAUCCAUUUUAAAGGGCUCUGUCAUCAUCUUUUUGUUUUCAGCCGUUGCAUGAGGCUGUUUCUAUCCCUUUAAAUCGACUCGGUUCCACCCUCCCCUCAUUUCAUCUGUCAUUCGCGUUUUGAUUCCCCGAAUCGGACGCAAGCACACGCCUGAAUUUACAAUAAAGGAUAAAAGUGGGUGGGAUUUAUACUUCCAAACACACACACCGACACACACACACACACACACUGACGCACACACACAUGCAUCAGCACGCAGAGAAUAAAGUAACCGAGGAGGUUUCAGCCCCUUUGUACAGCCUGGAGACUGUUAUGUUAUAACCACUAAUUCUAAUAUAUAUGUCGAUGUGUCAUUAUUAUCCGACUUUGUUACUUUUUGCAGUUUGCAAGACAGAGAGAAUGCUGAGUGCCUCGUAUUUAUUCAUUCCCCCUCUGAGAUGUUAAUUUCUAACCGGACCGUGAUUUAAAACAAACAAAAAAACAAAACAAAACAAAAAAAACACUAAAUGUGGGCGGGGCUUAGAGGAGAGCUCCGCCUCCCAUCUUUAUCCUAAAAUGGCAUGCACUGUUUUGUCUCUCUCUCCUCGCCACUCCCCUCCUCUUUUUGGACCAGUCACGCCGUGUCAUUUUCAGACACACUCUGGUCCGGAUGAGAUUUAUAUGUAUUCAUUUUAAUUAUAUAUUUAUUUAUUUAUUUACUUCCUUCCAGCAUGUUUGUUUAGCCUGCUCAAUCUGGUGUCGGUCUGUGAGCUGCUGCCCUCUCGGCGGGGCAGGGCUGGGCGCGGAGGGCGGUGUAAAAUAAACGCUAGCUUUUACCUCUCAGCGGGAACCGAGACGUCCCCAAGUUUCUGAAUGAUAUGAAGAACAAACUCUGCUACUGUAUGUUUUAUACUUCGCACCCGGUGGCAUCAUCAUGUUGUGACAUCAUUGCAUGCCCGAGCAUGCUCUUUCUUACUCUUUGGUUUAUGAGGUUGUUUCAAAGUCAACGUGGAGAAAAUAAUAUAAUGUUUGAAAUUAA